CGUUUUAGCUGUGCCGAUCAGUCCUUCUUCGAAUCGCAGCAACCAUGGAGGUGAACGUUCUGUACCUGUUGAUCGUAGUAGCCGUAUUGGCGGUCAUUUACCGCCGAAUAACCCGGUUUUACGAAUAUUUCCAUGACAAACCCAUCCCAUCGAUGGCUGCCGGACCGCCUUUCGGAAGCGCCGGACCUUUGUACCGGAAGAAGUACUCGUUCAACGAUUUCAUAAAGAUGACCUACGAUAAGUUCCCGGGAGCAAAAGUAUUCGGCCUGUUCGACAUGACCACCAAGCUGUUCGUCAUCCGUGAUCCGGAGCUGAUCAAGAAGGUCACCGUGAAGGAUUUCGACUACUUCGUCAACCGGCGGGCAACGUUCGGAGAAAGUAUAGACGAUCACGACGAGAUGCUGUUCGCCAAGAGCUUGCUGGCGUUGAACGAUCAGAAGUGGCGCGACAUGCGAGCGACUCUCAGCCCGGCCUUCACCGGUAGCAAGAUGCGAGCGAUGUUCGAGUUGAUCGAAGGAUACAGUGCCCGGAUGGUGGAGAUAUUGAAGGAGCAAUCGCAGGCGGCGGGUUACGUGGAUUACGAGAUGAAGGAUUGCUUUACGAGGGUGGCCAACGAUAUCAUAGCAACGUGUGCGUUCGGUUUGCAGGUCGAAUCGCUGAAGAAUCGCGAGAACGAAUUCUAUGUGAUGGGAAAGAAUAUGUUGAACUUCAACCGAGUGAGCAUAAUGUUCCGGAUAUUCGGAUUCAAUCUGUUUCCAGGAUUGAUGGCGAAAUUGGGAGUUGACUUGAUAGACGCUGAAUUUGGACAGUACUUUUCCAAGAUUAUUAAGGACGCCGUACAUACAAGGGAAACACGUGGAAUUGUUCGACCGGACAUGAUCCAUCUGUUGAUGCAGGCAAAGAAGGGUGCUCUGAAGAGCCAACAUGAAACCACCGAAGCCAAUACCGGGUUUGCCACGGUGGAGGAAUCGGAAGUUGGAAGGUCGUCCAUUGCAAAAGCUAUCACAGAGUCGGAGAUGAUAGCACAGUGCUUCGUCUUUUUCCUGGCAGGAUUUGACAGCGUGUCAUCCGAAAUGGUAUUCAUGGCUUACGAGCUUGCCUUGAACCCGGAUGUUCAACAGAGGCUGUACGAGGAGAUAGUUGAAACGGAUAAACAACUCGGAGGCAAACCACCGACAUACGAUACGCUUCAGAAGAUGCAAUACAUGGACAUGGUAGUGUCGGAGUCCCUUCGAAUGUGGCCAGCCGGAGCAUUCGAUCGCAAGUGUGAUCGAGACUACGUGCUGGACGAUGGAGCCGGGCUGAAGUUUACCAUCGAUCGGGGAGCUUGUGUCUGGAUUCCGGUUCAUGGCAUCCACCGGGAUCCCAAGUACUACCCGAAUCCGGAUAAGUUCGACCCGGAACGGUUCAGCGAGAGCAAUCGGGACAACAUCGACAUGACGAUGUACAUGCCGUUCGGCGCUGGACCGAGGAACUGUAUUGGAUCGCGGUUUGCUUUGAUGGAGAUCAAAGCAAUCAUGUACGCGUUGCUGCUGCAGUUCCGUAUCGAUCGAAAUGAUAAAACUAGCGUUCCGUUGAAGCUUGUAAAAGGGUUUGCUGGGUUGAACGGUGAAGGAGGGGUCCAUUUACGGUUGACAUUGAGGCAGUAGUGAAUUGUUACUGACAAGCUCAAGUUUAUUUUUUUCAAUUGAAUUGUAUGUAAAAUAUUGAAUAUAUUAAACUCAAAUAAUACAGA